AUGUCGACAUUCAUAAUAACCACCUUAGCACUCACCGUGCACUCCAGUUUCUCUCAGUAAAAGGGGACCAGGCGUCGUGUUUGCAAUUUAUAUAUUCACAACCACCUCGAAUCUAUCCUACUUAUCCAUAAGCGUGCACAGAAUUCGAAGCUGAAACAACUUCCUUAUCCGUGCCGAGUUCCGUAUACUGUAUAUAUCCCACCUUUUGGUUCAUGUGUCUUCUCACAGCAAACACCACGAGUCAAGUAUGGUGGACCUAGAAAAGGCCGAACCUGCGGAAAACAACAACGACCCAGUCAACUCAAAUGUAACAAUUGCCACAAGCGAGGGAGGCGAACAAAACAAACCAGAGGAUGCAUCACUCCAUUCUAAAUCAACUCUCAACCCCACAGACGACGACUCAAGACCACGAGAGAGAAACGAGCGAGAUCUGACUCCUACGCAAUCUCGAGGUUUAUCAGUCAUUUCAAGGUCGAAACGAAGGGGAUUGUUUGGUCGCUUCACUAUCGUUCCUGAGGUAGAAAAUCCUUAUGAGUACAAGAGGAGCACGAAAUGGGGGAUUACUUUGGUGAUCGCUUUGGCUGCUGCUGCUGCGCCGCUGGGGAGCGCUAUUUUCCUGCGUAAGUAAUUUUUGUGUAAUAUAAGACGUUCGGUCGUUAUUGCGUUCUCAUCUUCAGUGGUCUUCUGAGAAUCCUGGAUAGUCAUUCCGUUGGAUAUGGUCUUGAUUUUUUGAUUAAUUACCUUGAACAAUAUGUCAUAUAAUCUUUGAUUUUGUUCUGAAACAUCAUACUAAUACACUCACUUUAUAGCUGCUCUCCCACAAUUGUCAAAAGAUCUUAAUACAACACCUACAAUCACCAAUCUCUCAGUAGCAUUAUAUAUGCUCAGUCUGGGAAUUUUCCCGCUGUGGUGGUCCUCAUUUUCAGAAACACUCGGAAGGAGAACCAUAUAUAUCGUCUCAUUCGCUUUAUUCACAAUCUUCAACAUCGUUGCGGCUCUCAGUACUUCAAUUGCUAUGCUCAUUGUGCUACGAAUCCUGGGUGGCGGAGCUGCUGCUUCGGUACAGGCUGUGGGUGCUGGUACGAUUGCGGAUAUUGUAUGUAUCUUUUUCUUCAUUCAGCUUCCCAAGUCUCCAAUCUGAUGAUAUUCGUGUUCGGGAUGCGGGUUUUCUAUUGGCUGCUAUCGCUUGUGGGUCGGUCAAUGAGCAGAACGUCUACUAAUUUGCCGCAGUGGGAAGUGAAAGAAAGAGGUCGAGCUAUGGGAAUCUUCUACCUUGGACCACUACUAGGACCACUUCUCGCGCCAAUCUUCGGAGGAGCCUUAUCACAAAGAUGGGGAUGGAGAAGUACCCAGUGGUUCCAAGCAAUCUACGGCUUUGCAAUAUGGAUUGUCAUAGUCUUCUUGCUACCAGAGACCCUAAGACGUCAAGCAGCUCCUACGGAAGCAGCCACGGAAACAUUAACCCGCACCUCAACGACGCAGUCCAUCCAUCUCAAAACAAAGAGAUUUGUCUCAGCAUUCAAAAGGUGCAUUAUCGACCCCCUCAGUGUCCUCGCCUAUCUACGAUUCCCAGCUGUUUUCUUCUCCGUCUUCGUUGCCUCCAUCGCAUUCGGCUCCUUGUAUGUACUCAACAUAUCUAUACAACAGACCUUCUCCGAGUCCCCCUAUAAUUACACCGUCAUUAUCCUUGGUCUUCUAUACAUUCCCAACUCGCUCGGCUACAUUUGUGCAUCGCUGCUCGGUGGUCCUUGGACGGACCACAUUAUGAAGAGAGAAGCCAUCAAAGCAAAUCGCUACGACGAAAAUGGUAAACUGAAGUUCCUCCCUGAAGACAGAAUGAGAGAAAACAUCUGGCUUGCAGCAUUCUUGUUUCCAGGUGCCAUGCUUUGGUACGGUUGGACAGCCGAGAAGGGUCUCCAUUUCAUCAUACCUUGCAUAGCUAAUUUCUUCUUCGGUGUGGGGAGUAUGUUAGUGUUUUCAACUAUCACCACUAUGCUGACGGAAUUCAUGCCGAAGAGAUCAAGUUCCUUGAUAGCGGUCAAUAAUUUUAUCAGGAAUAUCUUCAGUUGUGUUGGCGGAGUCGUCACACAACCGAUAAUCUCGGCUAUUGGUAAUGGUUGGCUUUUCACCAUCCUCAGUAUCGUAUCUUGGAUCAGUGCUUUUGGGGUUGUCUGGGCAAUGAUGCGAUUCGGUCCACGAUGGCGUGUAGAGAUGAAUAAGAAACUGAAUUCUUGAUGGGUUUCUGAAAUCAGAUGAAGUUCGUUGCGCCAGGUUCAAAUUCCAUUGGCACGGGACAAGAUGGCAAAGCUUUCUGCGAGGGAAGCUCUCGGCAAGCCUUUUGGACAUCGUUGUAUUCGAUUGGGUUUGUGAGAGUGGCCACUCUAGAAUCGGCCGAAGCCCAGGCAAGGGUUUCGUAAUUGGUCACGAAAUUCGUCGCCAUGUUUUUCGCCUCGCUUGCAAUGCUUUCUGGGAAUUCGGAAUGACGUUCCAACUUAUUUUUCAGGGUUCUCGCAUCGUUGCUCGACCACUUUAAAAACUGGUCUCCUCGAUUUGGAUUCAGAACUCUCCAAGCAUCAUCAACAUUGAAAUUCGAGUAGCGUUGUUUCAUAAAACCUUUUACCAUUAGGAAUUCAUCCCACGAAUGAGAGACAAGGCCUUGUUUCUCAUAAUGUUCGGCGAUGUAGUUGACCCGAUCUGAACUAGUACGUCAGCAAGAUGGAGACAUGUAGGGUGGUAAUAAGUUUUGGCAAAAGCUAUGCUGGUCAAUCUUUUCAGAAAUUGCAGCAUUAAGGAGUUCAUUGCAUGAUACCCACA